AUGACGAUAGGGGCAUACAUUGCCCUGUUGUUCAUGGUCUUUCUUGUUCAAGCACAACAACACGAGUUUACGUAUUUAAAAGAAGAACCAAACUUGUUAAUUCGCUCGAAUUUGGAACUCUUGAACCAACAUCGCCAUCAUAGAGAGGUCUCUACCUUUUCAAAAAUUAUAAUUUCUGAAUCAUCCGCUUCGAUUCGGGUUCAUGUGAAAUUAUAUAACCAAGUCAUCAUGACCAGUAACGUUUUAACACAAUUGGCUCGACUCAUGGGCGUGCAAGACUAUCGUGAUGAAUUUGAAUUUAGGUCAUCCGAUGAUGAACAUUACAUUGACAUGCAUAAAAUAUUUACCACACGUUUGACACUCGCUCAAUUGAGUGUUUUGGGAAACAACAAAUUUAUUCAGGAACAUGUGGAAUGGAUUAAGAAAGUUCCCGAACAUGAAAAGGUGACAUUUUCCAAGUUGAAUUUGGAAGAUUUGAAAUUUGGAGAUUUGCAAAUUCAUUUUGGAAAAAACCAAGAUGCAGCAUUGUGGUUGAAUCAUGUGAAAAAUUGGUUUCAAACUCAAUACAUCAAUACUUGGAUGAAACAUUUUACGAGCAUUCAUUUGCUACAAGCUCUUCAAAUGAUAGAUAACAGUCCAAAUUCAGACAUCAAGAAUUUAAUGCACGAUAUUCUUCCUACGCAGCUGAUAAAUGAUCAAGAUGUGAAUCGAAUUCAACAUUGGUUUGAAGAAAAGUUUUCCUUCUAUUUUGGAUUGAGGUGGAAUUUGAAAGAGAAUGGACGAGUUCACAUUUCUCUUGAAAAUUUAGACACUGGUGUUUGGAAUUUAAUUCAGAAAGGUAAAUUUGAUCAUCCAUCCGUUAAAACCUUGAGAAGACGUGAAAUCAUUGAGCAAGCCAUGAAAAUGGUUCCUUCCAUUUCCAACAUGUGGAACGACAUUUCAGAAAAUUUAGGAGAACAAUUAUUGAGCUAUUUGAAAUCUCUCGAUUCAGUGGAUUAUAUUACUCGUGGUGUGACCUAUCAGGUUGAUAAUUACGGUUCGAAUCAAGUCAUACAAUCAGGAGGCACCAACAAUACAUACUUUUGGAAUUAUGGAAUUACCGGAAAUGGAGAAUUAAUUGCAGUGACCGAUACUGGUGUCAAUGUGAAUCAUUGCUUCUUCUCAGGACAAGGUGAAAUUUACACGACCUUAAAUCUUAACAAUAGAAAGAUUGUCUACAUUGAUACCCAAGGUGGAUAUGGAAAUACCUUGGACGACACAGGACACGGAUCUCACUGUGCUGGUACCAUUGCUGGAAAUCCCUCUUCAUUUGUUUCUACUUCUGUGAAUAACCAAAUAGGAGUUGCCCGUGAUGCCAAGCUCUAUGUGGUAGAUGCUCAACUUUCAGGUUCUUCUGGACUCACCAUUACUGACCUUAAAGUGUUACUUCCAAGAUUAUUGGAUAGUGGUGUGAGAGUGAGUUCAAAUUCGUGGAGUUGUCAAAAUCCAUACACUUGUGAUUAUGACUGCAAAUGUUAUACUUUGUUUUCCAAUGGAACAAAAGCUCCAGUCGAUGAUAGUUCCUGUAUUGCCUACAAUGGAAAACGAUGCUGUCAUCAUUGUAAUUUAUAUAACUCACAAAGUGUUUCUAUUGAUUCAGUAUUGAAUAAGAAUGACGAGUUGACCUAUGUCACUUCAGUUGGAAAUUAUGGAGUUUACUCAUAUGACUCGACGGUCAAUGAUCCUGCAACAGCAAAGAAUGCAAUAACUGUUGGAUCUUCCUACUCUACUACUGAGUAUUACAAACUCACAAUUUCACAGAAUGUCAAUACGACCGUGUAUAAUAUGGAAAAUUUGAGUUCAUUCUCCUCAAGAGGACCAACGGUCGAUGGAAGAAUUAAGCCAGACAUUGUUGCUCCAGGUCAAGAAAUUUAUAGUACUCACUUUAACACCACUUGCAACAUUCGUAGCAUGAGUGGAACUAGCAUGAGCACACCAGCUGUCGCAGGAGCUGCUGCCCUCAUUCGACAAUAUUUAACACAAAAUAAUAAUCAGAAACUAGUCGCUUUGGAAUUGUACAAUAAGAAUGCAGCACAAACAUUGAGUGGAUCUCUCGUCAAGGCACUUCUCAUUCACUCGGCAGAAAAGAUGAAUGGACUUGUGUCACUCUCGUCCUAUCUCGAUCCACAAGGUCUUUCACAUUUUCAAGUUCCAAAUCAUUUUUAUGGUUAUGGAAGAGUGAAUUUGAAACGAGUGUUGAAAAUUGAGCAAGAUCCAAACUCGGUUGCCUUAAUAGGAAAUAUUGGAGUUGUGAAUCGAAUGAGUUUGGAACCUGAUACUAAUACUUCUAUUGAGGUCAUGACCACUUCACCAUCCUCUACCAUUAAGGUUACCUUAGUUUGGUACGAUUUACCAGGACCUUUCACGAAUAUGAGUUCUACUGUAAAACGAAUCGUUAACGACAUGGAUCUAAAAGUCACGAUUGGAACAGUUGUUUAUUUUGGAAAUAUGGCACUCACCAAUAACGCGAAUCAUGACUCGACCAAUACUGUGGAAAGUGUUACUAUUGAAAAUAUUCCCUCUCAGACCAAUGUGAGCAUUUCUGUUUCAUCAAAAGCCACCAAUAAGGGAGCUCAAACCUAUAGUUUGGUCGUGAGUGGAAAUUAUGUGUUGAAAAGUGCGCCAAUACCCUAUUCUGGAUCGAUGACGAUUCAUCUUGUCUCGAAUAUGAUCAUAGUCUUCGGAAUACUAUUGAUGGGAUUGUGCUUGUUAUAA